AUGGAGACACCCCUCCCUUUCGGGUGGAAGCCUCUCCACAUAGACCGUUACGACGGCACGACAGACCCGGAUGAGUACAUCGACAUGUACACCACACAGGUAAACCUCUAUACUAAUGAGGAUGUUAUACUGUGCAGGGUUUUUCCAACCUCACUAAAGGGGACCGCGCUCAACUGGUACACCCAGCUUCUCGCUGAGUCAAUCGACAGCUUCAGCACUCUGGUCAAGCGAUUCACGGUGCAGUAUGCAACGAGCCGACCUCACCACAUCACUUCAGCUGCCCUGGCUAGUCUCAGACAAAACGAUGACGAGCCACUCCAGGCGUUCAUGGAGUGCUUUGCUGCCACCUCGGUCAAGAUCAGAAAUCUGAACCCCGAGGUCGCCCUGCAUGCCAUGUUCAUGACCCUCAAGCCCGGACCCUUUGUCGACAGCUUGUGUCGUGAGGCUCCUCACGACAUGGACGAGCUCCGCGCCCGGGCAACUUACCAGUGGCUGAUGGAUAAGGUUUUUCACCAGUAG